UAAAGGUCCACGACAAGUCUCAGAUGCCCGGCAUUUCGCGGGGAUGUUAAGCGCUCGAACACAAAGGACGAGCCACAGGCGUGUUCCCCUUCUGUCUUCGCACCUCAACGUGCAUCCCCGUCGUCCCGCCUUCUGCGUCGUACAGCGUACGAUUAACCCCGAGUCCUGUGCUCAUACUAUCAGUAUAAAACAUCCAGCAAUGACGAGUCCCCAGUGCGAAACUCCAUACCCACCCAACGCCACUCAGAACACGGCCACCCCGUAUUCUGGCGCGGUAUUGGGCGAGAACGUCGAAGUCGCGCAUACGUCUAACCACCCUCGCGAUCUGCCCGCACGUUCCCCUGACCCACCUUCUCGCGAAGGCCCGCCUGCAUAUCCGCCAGGCCUACCUGCUCGCCGCCCGGGCCUACCUGCUCGCCCCCAGGCCUGCCGGCUCCGCACUGUGCCACAGAACGUCCCUCCUCUCCAUGUCGGUAGGCAGUAUACCCUUGGGGGAACGAACACAGCCCGGCACCUACCUGCCCAGCCGGCUUUCCAGUCCGGAACGAUCUUGAAUCCGGUGUGGAUUGACACAGCCCGCGUUGGAUUGGGCGAUGCAGCCAGCCCCGACACCCGCCCUCUCGAGCCUUUCAGGCUCAAUCCUACCGAAGAUCCAGCGUGGGCGGGAGGCCUGGAAAGGGGACCUCCCAAGGCUCUCCGUAGCGACCGGCCAGUGUCACUGCACUGCGAUGGUGGCGCAUUCAAUAGUAACCAUUGGGACGCCGCCAUCGGCGCCUACAGACAUCUCCGACUCGAGCCUGUGACGUGGACCGACGACUACCUGACGAGGCAUUGGGUACGGGAGGAAGGCUUCAGGAUACGAGAGGAGCAGUGGUUGGCGGCCCAGAACGCCAGGGUCCAGCCCCCCAUGGAACCCGUGCUGCUCGAAGAGCAGUGGCCCGGUGCUACGCCGGGGCUGCUGCUCUUGCCUGCGGAGCACGACGAUUCGGGAAGUGACUCCGGCUACUCGUCUUCCGGCGAACUGUCUGCCCUCGACGACAUCAUGCCAGGGCUGGCUGGAUUGGGCGGGCUGGUUGGUUUGGACGAUGAUGCUUUGAAGGCGUCAUCCAACGACGUCCAUGUGGCAUGCGAGGAGAUCGUCGAGGAGUAGAAGGGGAGAGUGGAUUCCGAUGCGAUGUCGCGAAGAUCUG